CCCCUUUUCUAUCUCAAACAGCUCGUCGUUUUGGAAUUUUCUUAUCGGAGGGGGAAAUUACCAGAUUUCGCUUCAGAUCUGUAUCGACAAAAUGUACGGAUUCGAAGCGCUGACCUUCAACAUCCACGGCGGUUACCUGGAGGCGAUCGUCCGAGGUCACCGCUCCGGCCUCCUCACCGCCGCAGAUUACAACAAUCUAUGCCAGUGCGAGACCCUCGACGACAUCAAAAUGCACCUCUCCGCCACCGAGUACGGCGCCUACCUCCAGAACGAGCCGUCUCCAUUGCAUACGACAACAAUUGUGGAGAAAUGCACCCUGAAAUUGGUUGAUGAGUACAAGCACAUGUUAACCCAAGCCACGGAGCCUCUGUCAACCUUUCUAGAGUAUAUCACAUACGGGCACAUGAUUGACAAUGUUGUGCUAAUCGUAACUGGAACACUGCAUGAGAGAGAUGUUCAGGAGUUGCUGGAGAAAUGCCAUCCUUUAGGGAUGUUUGACAGCAUUGCCACUCUAGCAGUUGCUCAGAAUAUGAGGGAGCUCUACAGGCUGGUGCUUGUCGACACGCCCCUGGCUCCAUAUUUUUCUGAGUGCAUCACUUCAGAGGACUUGGAUGACAUGAACAUUGAGAUUAUGAGGAACACUCUCUACAAGGCAUACCUUGAGGAUUUUUACAGGUUUUGCCAGAAACUUGGCGGCGCAACUGCAGAGAUCAUGUCUGACCUCCUAUCCUUUGAGGCUGACAGAAGGGCAGUGAAUAUCACUAUAAACAGCAUUGGCACCGAGCUCACUCGAGAUGAUCGUAGGAAGUUGUAUUCUAAUUUUGGCUUGCUAUACCCGUAUGGCCACGAGGAGCUUGCUAUCUGUGAGGAUAUAGAUCAGGUUCGUGGGGCCAUGGAAAAGUACCCUCCUUAUCAAGCCAUAUUUUCUAAGUUAUCCUAUGGGGAGAGUCAGAUGCUUGACAAGGCCUUCUACGAAGAAGAAGUAAAACGACUUUGCCUAUCUUUUGAACAGCAGUUCCACUAUGCUGUGUUUUUUGCGUAUAUGAGGUUGAAAGAGCAGGAGAUCAGGAAUUUGAUGUGGAUUUCUGAAUGCGUUGCUCAAAACCAGAAGUCCCGAGUCCACGACAGUGUCGUAUCUAUAUUCUAGUAAACAGUGGAAAAGCUGGUAAACAGUGGAAAAGCUAUUUCCAGUACUACUACUACUAAAACUACUACAAAAGUUCCACCUUCAUAAUUUUUUUGUGUAAAUUUUAUUUGGGAUUAUAACUCUUGAUUUUAUCUGGUUCGAUAUUCCUGAAUAAGCCCAAGUGUGAUUUAUCUUUUUUAGUAAAAGGGAAAAAUGUUUUAUUGUCAUUUUGUGAGUGUGCCAAAUAUUUAUUCGGAUAUUUAAUAAAGCUCUGGAAGUGUAUGUUUGUAUUUAGAGUUAUAGUUGAUUGUUGGUC